AUGACUGGCAAGCGUCGAUCCUCCUCUCGGUCGGACCGCUCGGUUGGUUCUCCUGCUGCUCCCAGCCACUCACAGGCCCAGGGCGAGCUGGCGCCAGCCCUGCUCCUCCCCCCGUCGUCACGAGCCAGUCUAUCGCUCUCCCCGCGGGCGGACCCAUCCACAUCUCCGGGCUCUCACCGCCUCUUGGUGCCGACGCCGCGGCGUUGUCCGUCAGCAUCUCUCCAGUCGUCCCAGCAGCUAUCGUCUGUGCCUGCUGAGUCGGCGCCGUCGACGCCAUUGGCUCCUCCACCUCCUCCCGCCCCACCGGCUGCAGUUGGGGCACCUCUUGUGCUUCCUGCCGGUGUGCCGCCCAUCUGGUCUACAAGUUCCCCUGGUGAUCCUCCUCAGCGGCUACAUCCUCUGAUUCCACUCGACCCCUCCCCUGUCGCUCGAUUCCCUCCUCCUCGUUGCCAUUCUCCUCCGCUUCCUCCCGACGCACCUGAUCCUGAAGACGACGAGGCGUGGUGGAACGGCGAUUCGUGGGAGUCUCCUCCCCAGUCCGGGACGUUGGGGGAUCGGGACUGGGACAUCCGGUCCGAUUUCGUUCUGGACGUGCUUCGCUGGGAGCGGCGCAUGAUCGGGGUUGGCGAAUGUCUCUCCCAUGUUGCGACCGCACUGGAGUAG